AGUGAGAUCGCCUGCUGUGCGGAGUCAAAAUCAGCAACUCGACUGGUGUCAUCAACGCAUACAGCUUAGGUUCCCGGCCGAACAAGGCCGUUACAAUUGUUUCAUAGUAUUUGCGAUCCCGUCUUACUUGCCGCUGAGGUAUCGGUAUUUAUAGCGUCAUUAUAUCUCACGUGUCCAAGGAAAGCACCAAGGAACCGACGCUAACAAGUCGACGGCUUGCGUCGACGGUCGCCCUACCGGGCGACGUGGACCUUCCGCACCCCUUACCUGCGUACAGCUUACCGCUGCGUAGUCGGUUCUAUUUGGUCGCGUUUUGGCGAGUGACAGCCGCUCGACAUAAUGGUGCCAGUCGACAAGUACUUUUCGGUGUUGGCUCUCUUCAUUCUGUUUAGAGAGACCAUCGAAGCAUCCAUCAUCUGCGGUGUCCUGCUUCAGUUCCUCAACAGGGCAAAGCCGGGGCUAAAGCGUGCAGUAUGGUAUGGCGUGGCCGCCGGUGUGGCAGUGAGCAUCGUGUUUGGCAUUAUCUUUAUCGCCGUCUACUACACCGCCAAGAAUAACCUGUUCCAGGGCAAGAACCGGGACUGGUUCAAGGGAGUCAUCUCAUGGGUUGCAGCGCUGCUGAUUACCAUCCUGGGUUUCGCGAUGCUGCGCUUCCUGGGUUGGGAGGAGAAGUGGAAGCGGCGGCUGACAGCGGCGGUGGCUAAGAAGGUGCCGGAUGUGGUCGCACCCGCCGCCGACACCACCCCCGCCAGCGACGACCCCUCCACCACCACCACCACCCUCGCCACCACCACCACCACCAUCACCACCACAGCUGCAGUGGCUCCCAAGGACGCCGGCAGCUCCCCCGCACCCGCACCAGCCUCCACCUCCACCUUCGACUCGAACAAUCCCCUCAUCCCCGCCGCCACCACCCCCACCCCCACCACCCACAAACCCGCCCUCCCCGCCAGCAGCUCCUCCUGCUCCUCCUCCGCCACCUCCCUCGCCCAAGUCAUCGCCAAGGACCCGGAAGCCGCGAUUCCAGCCCCCACAACCGCCGCCGCCAUCACCGCCCAACCCGACGACCCCACCUCCAUGAUCGUGGCCAACGCCGACGGCGAGCUCUGCGACCUCAGCCCGCCCACCCGGCGGGAGAUGCUCAACAUCUUCGUGCUGGUGUUCACCACCGUCCUGCGCGAGGGCAUCGAGUCCGUGGUCUUCCUGGGCGGCCUUAGCAACGUCAAGGUGACUGCCAUCCCGCUCCCCGCCUUCGUGGGCAUCACCGCGGGAUGCCUGGUGGGCAUCUUCCUGUACUUCUCCGGCAAGCAGGUCAAACACAUCAAGUGGCUCAUCAUCGGCAUGGCAGUCGUGAUCUUCUUUAUCGCCGCGGGGCAGGUGAACAUCGGAACCGACUCGCUCAUGCGCGCGGGGCUGUUCGGCUACUGCUCGCCCUGGCUGGACGAGCGGCCCUGGUACAUGGUGCCCAUGUACGAUUGGAGUGGCUGCUGCGCGGAUACGGACCCCACCGGUACGGAACCCACCAAUGUUCAGAACCGGAAACGGUUCUUUGCGUUGGCUAGGGCGAUCUUCGGGUAUCAGGAUAAGGGCACGCCGGUGGAGGUGAUGUCGUAUGCGUGUUACUGGGGCCUGGUGUUUAUCCUGGCGGGGUUGAAGGCGUGGCAAGGGACGUUGUUCGAUGCGGAUUUCAAGUAUAAGCGGGAGCAGCGGAAGCUGGCGAAGGAGGCGAAGCGUCGCGAGGCGGAGGCGGCGGCAGCUGAGGCGGCGAAGGUGGAGGCGCUGGAGGCGGGAGAGGGCGGGAUGAGGGAGGAGGAGGGGGCGGAGGGGAUAGAGGCGGGGCAAGAUGGG